AGCGCGAGAAGCCGGAAGUAGCCGCCGUCAGGGAGGCGGGGGAGACCAAGCAGCGACCGUUGCGGGCGCGCGCGUGUGUCUGUGUGCGCGAGACGCCCCCUCCCCCCGGAGGCCGCCGCGCGCCGCCCUCCUUCCCCCCCCCCCCCCCGCCCCCGCCUCCCCCAGGCUCGCGCCUCCAACCGCCGCCGCCAUGGCUCUGCGGCGGGUCUUCAUCGCCGCGGCGCUGGCGGCGGCCGCGCCCCCCGCCGCCGCCUUCUACCUGCCGGGCCUGGCGCCCGUCAACUUCUGCGACCCGGGCAAGGAGAAGCCCGAGUGCCAGUCUGGAAUCGAGCUGUUUGUGAACAGGCUUGACUCAGUAGAAUCUGUCCUUCCCUAUGAAUAUACUGCGUUUGAUUUUUGUCAAGCGGAAGGAAAGAAGCGUCCAUCUGAAAACCUUGGUCAAGUCUUGUUUGGAGAGAGGAUAGAACCAUCUCCUUAUAGGUUCACAUUUAAAAAGGAGGAAACAUGUAAACCUGUUUGUACAAAAACUUAUGAUACCAAGAAGCCAGAAGAUAAGCAGAAAUUAGACUUUUUGAAAAAAAGUAUGCUACUGAAUUAUCAACAUCACUGGAUUGUGGACAACAUGCCUGUGACAUGGUGCUAUGAUGUUGAAGAUGGCCAGAGGUUCUGCAAUCCUGGUUUCCCAAUUGGCUGUUACAUUACGGAAGAUGGCCGUCCAAAAGAUGCCUGUGUUAUUAAUUCAGAAUUUCAUGAAAAGGAUACAUUUUAUAUCUUCAACCAUGUUGACAUAAAAAUAUAUUACCAUGCUGUGGAAAAUGAAGCUCUGGGAGCAAGACUAGUUGCUGCUAAACUUGAACCAAAAAGUUACAAGCAUACUCAUCCAGACAACCCUGACUGCUCAGGAGUACCUAUGGAUAUAAGUAAUAAGGCUAAUGGAGAGGUCAAAAUUGCUUACACGUACUCGGUUACUUUUCAUGAAGAAAAAAAUAUAAGAUGGGCAUCAAGAUGGGAUUAUAUUUUGGAAUCCAUGCCUCACACUCACAUUCAGUGGUUUAGUAUAAUGAAUUCCCUGGUGAUUGUUCUUUUUCUGUCUGGAAUGGUAGCUAUGAUUAUGUUGAGGACGCUGCAUAAAGACAUUGCAAGAUACAAUCAGAUGGAUUCUACUGAAGAUGCUCAGGAGGAAUUUGGCUGGAAACUGGUUCAUGGUGAUAUUUUCAGGCCCCCAAGAAAAGGAAUGCUGCUAUCUGUUUUUCUAGGCUCUGGCACACAGAUCUUAAUAAUGACUUUUGUUACUCUAUUUUUUGCUUGCCUGGGAUUUUUGUCACCUGCUAACCGGGGAGCUCUAAUGACCUGUGCUGUAGUCUUGUGGGUACUGCUUGGAACUCCGGCAGGUUAUGUUGCUGCCAGAUUCUACAAAUCAUUUGGAGGUGAGAAAUGGAAAACAAAUGUCCUGCUGACAUCAUUCCUUUGUCCUGGAAUUGUAUUUGCAGAUUUUUUUAUCAUGAACCUCAUUCUCUGGGGAGAAGGCUCUUCAGCGGCUAUUCCGUUUGGUACUCUGGUUGCUAUUUUGGCACUCUGGUUUUGCAUAUCUGUACCACUGACCUUUAUUGGUGCCUAUUUUGGUUUUAAGAAAAAUGCUAUUGAACAUCCUGUUCGCACAAAUCAAAUUCCUCGUCAGAUUCCUGAGCAAUCAUUCUAUACAAAGCCAUUACCUGGCAUUAUCAUGGGAGGGAUUCUGCCUUUUGGGUGUAUCUUCAUACAGUUGUUCUUUAUACUCAAUAGUAUUUGGUCUCACCAGAUGUAUUACAUGUUUGGCUUCCUGUUUCUGGUGUUCAUUAUUUUGGUUAUUACAUGUUCUGAAGCCACAAUACUGCUCUGCUACUUCCAUCUAUGUGCAGAGGACUAUCACUGGCAGUGGCGUUCAUUUCUCACUAGUGGUUUCACUGCAGUUUAUUUCUUAAUAUAUGCAAUACAUUAUUUUUUUUCUAAACUGCAAAUCACAGGAACAGCUAGUACAAUUUUGUACUUUGGUUAUACCAUGAUUAUGGUUUUGAUCUUCUUCCUUUUCACAGGGACAAUUGGAUUCUUUGCAUGCUUUUGGUUUGUAACCAAAAUAUACAGCGUGGUAAAAGUUGACUGAAGAAACCAAUGUAAAGAAUUAACACAGAAGAGGUUUAAUCUUCAUUAACAUAACCUAAAGACCUGGUCUAGUUGAUGAACUUGGGCUUUAUCAGAAGUAUUGGCUUCCUGUUCUUUGAGAAUGAUACUGAAUAUGCAGCUGCCCCAAACACUUUUUCCACUAACACGUUUGUAUUGUGACUUUACAACCUGUUUUCAUUCAGAUCUUAAUGAAGAUCAGAGUUAAGAUAUUUAUGCAUUUGUAAAUACAACUAUACUUUAAAAGAAAUGUUAAAUUCUAACAGCAGAAUAGAAGUGGCUAUAUUACACAACUUAAUGAUACUUCUGAUUAAAGUACAACUGUAAAUAGGAUUUUCUAGCUUGGUAGGUGGGAUGAAUUAUUUUUCUUUGAGGGAAAUGAGACUUUUUAUUAUGCUAACUUUGAAGGAUGACUCUUUAAGAAGUGUGCUUUUAGUUUGGAUGUGAUUUUUAUUUUUUACUGGUAUUAUGUCCAUAAAUAUUCUGAUUUCUGUGAUUUCAUUAGUUUCAGUGUUCUUGGCCUUUUAAACUAUGUGCCUCUGAGUCCUUGAAUUUAUAAAUUCAUAAUCUAAUAAAUAUUGUAAAAAUGUCUUUGGUGGGUCAUUACAUAUAAGUUCAUAAAAAUCUGUAAAUACAAUUAUACUGAGGAGGGAUGCUUAAAAACUGCAUAAAGUAUUUUAUGGCAUUUUCUGUGGUUGUUUAAUGUAUAUUGACACAUCUUUAAAUCUGCAAGAGAUACAGUUAUUUGUGCUACAUGACUAUAACACUAAAAUGUGUUCAUGACUAUAACACUAAAAUGUGUUCAUGACUAUAACACUAAAAUGUGUUCAUGGCGCAUGAGAAUGAAAUUAUACACAUACUUCACAAAACACUGCAGCACUUAGCCCAGAUACUUUUUCUCUGAGGUUGCUAUGGAAUUGUUAAUAUGUUGAGAGGAUCUUAAUGCGUGAGUCAGCAUUCACUGCUGAUCGUGCUUUUAAAUGAUCUUCAUGAUGCGUAUUUUAUAUGGCAACUAUUGCUGAUUGUAUGUAACAGGUUAAAAAACAAAAAUAAGAGAUUACUAUUUUUGCCUUAUAUUAAGAGACUAAUGUCAAUUUCAGAUGACUAGAGUUAAACCUAGAUUCACUUCUUUUGAAAAUGGAGUGAUUUGUUCAUAUCUUGUUCAGUAAUUUAGUUUCCAUUUUACUUUUGGCAUGUUUUCACAAGUCCAGAAUAAUUUUAUUUAAAAUUAAACUGCAUGUACUGGUUGUCAUUCAUAAGGGGUUUUUUAUUUUUCUCUUUAUUGGUUUACUUUUCUAAAAGACCUUAACCUAAUGAUGCUUGAAUAUUGAUUUCAAUAAAAAUAUCUUUGGUUAA